AUGGGGAAUAGGAUUGGGUUCCAAUGGCUGCACUUUCCUACCCUUAUUCUGAAUGAAGAUGUGGUCACGACCUUCUGCAUUCAGCUCUUAUGCCUGCUGGCCAUCCUUGGUUGUCCAAAGUGGAACAGGUUAGAAGUCCAGCACCCUUCCAUCAUCUCUCUUCUCCUUUUCCAGCAGCAUCUUGACUCUUCCCUGACACUGGGCAUGGGACAUCCUUCCCCCUCCAGUGAAGAGAAGUCGGCUGCAGACCUGGCUGCAAAACUCCUGCUCUUGGAUGAGUUGGUGUCCCUUGAAAAUGAUGUCAUCGAGACCAAGAAGAAGAGGAGUUUCUCAGGGUUCGGUGCCCCUCUGGACAGGCUGUCAGCUGGUUCAGUGGACCUGAAGAGCAAGCCAAGGAAAGUUGUGGAAGUUCCCAAACGAAGGUUUGGAAUCCCUCUAGACCGGAUUGGAGCAAACCGUCUGAACAACUCCAGAGGUUUGUCUACCCAUCUCGAAGCUAUGUCCAAGACAUCUCGCAUUGCAGGAGAUGCUCCGGUGAUCCCCAAACUUGUGUCCUUAAGCAAGAAAUCCAAAAAUUGUACCUCUCCUGUUUCAACCUCCAACAAACUAUAG